UGAGGAACAAUAUGGAGGAUGAUGAACGUAUCAACGUGGACAUUACUUCCAUAUAUAAAUUUCAAGUCCGUUAACUCAGGGAAUUGAUAUCUCCGCAAAUGCGAUUCUGUCCCAUUUAACCAGUGUGAUUUCGAAGAGAGCGUCCGAAAUCUGUUAGCAAAAUUCUCUUACAGGAAACAAGCAGCUGCAGAUCAUGGGCCCCGUGAAGAUUGCGGUCAUCGGGUCGAUAUGCGGCCAAUUCAAGACGGUGUUCAGCAAGCUCGCUGCGCUGCAUGAGAAGAACGCAUUUGCCUUCACCAUCGUUGUCGGGGACAUUUUCGCCGACCCUUCAGAAGAGAAUGAAACCAAGGAAUCCGAGUUGGAAGAUCUCAUGGGCGGUGGAAUUGAAGUGCCGGUGCCGACGUAUUUCACCGUGGGACUGUCUCCCUUCCCAGACGCAGCGGUUGGGAGAUUGGAUGAGCAUGAGGGAGAGCUGUGCCCCAACCUGUUCUACCUUGGACGGAAAAGUACGUUUAAGACAUCCGAUGGCAUUAGAAUCGUGGCCUUAGGCGGUGUGUUGGACCCGACCGGGACGCACACCAAUCCCCACGACAAGUACCGCGUGGCGUACACCGAGGCCGAAGGGAAAGGCCUCAAGGGGGCUCAUUCGGCCGACAUCCUCAUCUCAUCCGAAUGGCCCGCCGGGAUCCAAAAGGGCUCGCGCACCAAGCUCCCCUCCGAAUCCAAAGACUGGUCCGCGUCCCAACCCCCCGCCGACGUGUGCGCCGCCCUGAAGCCCCGCUACCACUUCUCCCCGUCCACCCUCUUCUACGAGCGCGAGCCCUUCUACCACCCCCCCACUGACCCCGACACGUACGCGUACCCCGUCACCCGCUUCCUCAGCCUCGCCCCCUUCGGUAACCCCGCCAAGCAGAAAUGGAUCUACGCCUUCACCCUCGCCCCCGCUGCCGCCCCAUCCGUGACCAUCCCCCCCGGCGCGGGUCCCUCCCCGCUGCUCCCCACGACUCGGAAGCGCCCCGCUGACUCGGCGCCGACGUACUCGCGCUUCGCGGACGACGGGCCUCCGCGGGGCCGGGGCAAGCGGCAGAAAGGCCCGCCGCCGACGCCGGGGGAGUGUUUCUUCUGCCUGUCGAACCCGAACGUGGCGACGCACUUGAUCGCGUCGAUUGGUGAGGAGGCGUACGUGACGACGGCGAAGGGGCCGCUGACGACGCCGACGACGUUUUCGAAAUUACCGUUUCCGGGGCACAUGCUGAUCAUUCCGCAGUCGCAUGCGGGGACGCUAGCGACAAUCGGGGAGGCGGAGGGGGUGAGGAGGGUAUAUGAUGAGAUGCAGCGAUUCCGGGGGAGCCUCCAUAAGAUGCUGGCUGAGCAGGGAAACGGGGAACUGGGAUCGGUGACGUGGGAGGUCAGUCGCGCCAGCGGGAUCCACACGCACUGGCAAUGGCUCCCCGUGCCCGGGCGGCUGCUGAACAAGCGGCUCGUGGAAGCGGCGUUCAAGGUGGAGGCGGAGAACGAGAAAUAUCCGAAGUUCGUGGCGAAGGACGUGGGCGACGGGGUGGGGGAGGAGGGGGACUUCUUCCGCGUGAUGGUAUGGUACCCGCCGCAGGAGGGGGCGGAGGGGAGCCGGGAGACAUUCUUGACGCUGUAUUUGGACCCGGAGAUCCGGUUCGAUAUGCAGUUUGGGCGGCGGGUGUUGGCGAAGCUGCUGGGGUUGGAGAGGCGGUUGCAUUGGCAGGAUUGUGCGCAGUCGGUGGACGAAGAGGGAGCGGACGCCGAGGCAUUCAAGGCGGCGUUUGCAAAGUUUGAUUUUACGUUACAGGAGUAA